UCAGCUGUGACUCACAUGUUUACAGGUCGGUGUAAUGUACUCUCGGUCAACCUUAACAACGUCUGGACAUCUCUGAUUGAUUGAUGAUUGAUUACGAUUAAGCCACCCAAAAGGUGGCACGGGCAUGAAUAGCUUGAGCCUUGGUGAGGGUUUGAAUCUAUGUGCUGAGUGUUCCCAGAGGCACUAUUGUCAAUUAUUAAUUGUUUAGGUUAAAAUAGUUGUGUUAGUGGUGCAGAGUAACAUGGCUAGUCCCAGGAACCUCUAUGCUCUUUUUCAAAGUAAGGCUGCUGAAUGUCCCCAAAACUUGGCAGUUAUAUAUUUUGAAGAUGAAUGCCAAGAAAAGAAGGUUACAUAUAGUGAAUUACAAACAGAAGCUGUUAAAGUAGCUAGGAUUCUGUCUGAAAGUACUAGAGAUAAUGAAGAUAAGGAUUUGUUUAUACGUGCAGGUUUGUCAAAAGAGCAGCCGUAUGAAAAGCAUAAACAUGUGGUAUUGAAACAAAAUACUCAAACUAAAAGUGUUCAUGAUAAGCACUCAUUUUCUAGUGAGAACAAAAAUGAGUUUAAUGAUGAAAUUUCAGUUGGAAACUUGUAUAGCCUUAAUGGCAGGCAAUCAUAUGUCAGUGAGGACCUAGGCUCCAAUAAUAAUUAUGAACAGAAAACUGUUAUUGGAAUUUUGUGUUCCCAAGGACCAGGAGCAGUUGCUUGUAUACUUGGGAUAGUGAGUCAAAAUGCCUAUAUAUAUAUUUCUCCAGAAUAUACUAAGCAAGAACUUGCAUCAAUACUUGGUCGAGUGUGUCCUAAGAGAAUAUUGGUGGAAGAAAAAUACUUGGAAAAUAUUGCAGAAAUCCCCUUUGUUGUUAAAGACUGCUUUUGUUUAUUUGAAACUUGCUUUAAAAUAAUUUCUCUCGAUAGUGAAAACCAAUCAAUAUCUCAAAGAAAUGGCAUGAACGACCUGGCAUAUGUGAUCCCAACUUCAGGAUCAACUGGUGUUCCAAAGUAUGUGUUUGUGCCCCAUCGUUGUAUAGUGCCAAAUAUCAUAGAUUUAGCCUCCUUAUUUGGAGUAGAGCAGGACGACUGUAUCUUUUGUGCUGCUCCUCUCACAUUUGACCCAAGUGUUGUAGACAUGUUCAUGGCAUUCACAGCUGGAGCAGUGCUAGUUAUGGUAUCCCCUCAUCUUUUGAAAAUGCCAAGAAUUUUGCUUAAUAUCAUGGUGAAGAAUAAAGUUUCAAUUUUACAAGCUACUCCAACUCUUCUGUUAAGUUUUGGAAAAGAUAGAUUAAGAAACUCACUCUUUGCAAAAUAUUCUCCUCUUAAGGUUUUGGCUUUAGGAGGUGAGAUAUUCCCGAAAUUGUCAUUUUUAAAGCAGAUAGUUAAUGAGAAGUGCAGAAUAAGAAUUUUUAAUCUUUAUGGCAUAACUGAGGUGUCCUGUUGGGCUACUGUAGCAGAAAUUGUAUUAAACAGAUCAGAAUCAGUGACCAGUACAGAGCAAGGUCAACAAAUAAUAGUAGCAGGUAAUGAUACAAAAACAAAUUAUGUGGCUGGGGAAUUCAACAUGCUAGAAUAUUCAUUUUCAGACAUGGUUCCAAUAGGUGACUCGCUAAGCUUCACUACAGUCAAGCUGCUCAACAAGAGUGGAGGAGAAGUUAAAGAGGGUGAAGAGGGAGAAAUAUUUAUUGGAGGGCACGAGAGAGAGUGCUGGGUGGAUGAUGGUACUGAAGUUCUUAAGCAAGAAAGCAGAGAUAUAAACAAUACGUAUAUCCAAGCUGUUUUCCGGAAAACAGGUGACAGAGGAAUACUGAGUAAAGGUCAUAUUUAUUGUAUUGGAAGAUUAGACAGACAAGUAAAGCGUAAUGGACAAAAAAUUAGUCUUGCUGAAAUUUGUAAACAGUGUAGAAGCUUGGAUUAUGUGGAUAAUUGCCAUGUAGAAUUACUUAGUGGAAAUAAAAUUACAACUUUUGUGUACUCAGAUAGAAAAACUCUAGUUGCUGAGGAUGUCUGGCAGGAUCUGAAGAGAAAAAUAUCGUACUGGAAAUUACCAGAUAAUAUAAUUAUAGUUAAGAAUGUGCCCUUUAAUAAACAUGGAAAAGUUGACACACUUCAGUUGCUGUCUACUGAAUACCAUUCCUCUGCAUUAAACUGCAGUAAUUAUAACACUUCAUUAGAAAGUUAUUUUGAAGAUUUAUGGAAGAAAAUUCUUGGAUGCUAUAAUGUGGGUCCAAAUGAUAAUUUUAUCAAGUCUGGUGGAACCUCACUUAAUGCUGUAUACUUUACAGAAGAAUUGAAAGACUUUUUAGGCUGUGAGGUACCAAAGCUUCUUGAUGUGUUGCUUAAUGAAACCUUUUCAAAAACCUUACAGGUAACAAAAAAAUAUCAACAUUCUAUAGAGAAUUUAAAAAAUGUUGAGAGCUUGUAUACACAAAAUCCAAAAAAGCUCAAAAGUGAACAUAAACAAGCCUACAGUAGUCAGUCCAUGUACAUUAAACCAGCAACAAUAAAUUAUGAAGACUAUUCCAAGCCAAAAAAUAGUUUUUCCAAGUCCCAUUACAAAGGGAAGUCUGAGAAAUCUAAUAAUUCAAAAAAUGAACACGAGUCUUUACUCUCUGAUCCAACACUAACUAUUUUAUCAAGACGAGGUGUGCAUAGUAGAGGAAUGUUGUUACCAAAUUAUUAUGCUGUACCAUAUAAAAUAGAAUUACUGUGGAAGUAUAAUCUUAGCAAAUGCAUCGACUCAUCUCCCGUGGUUACUGAAUACAACAAUGGGAACAUUUUUGUUUUUGUUGGCUCGCAUUCUCAUAAAUUUGCAUGCAUCAAUGCCAUGACUGGAAUGGCAAGGUGGUGCCUACUGCUGGGAGAUAGAGUGGAGUCUUCACCCAUUGUUUCAAGAGACGGCAGACACGUGUAUGUUGGUUGCUAUGAUAGUUAUUUAUAUUGUAUUUGUAUUGAAAAUGGACAAAUCCUGUGGAAGUAUAAAACAGGAGGGGAGGUGAAAAGCUCUCCAGUCAUUGAUGAUGAAUUGAACUUGGUGAUAUUUGGUUCUCAUGACAAAAAAUUAUACUGUUUAACAGCAGAUGGUGAAUUAAAAUGGAGUACAAAGCUUUCACAUGGCAGUGUAUUCUCUUCGCCUUGUGUUACUUGUAACUAUGUGUUGGCUGCAACACUUGACGGUGUAGUUUGUGGGGUGGAUAAGAACACUGGUAAUAUUAAGUGGAGUAUAUCUGCUAAGAAACCUGUCUUUAGUUCACUUGCUUCAUACUCAAGAGGUGUAAUUUUUGCAAAUGUUUGUGGCGAGAUAUUUAGUUACUCUCUUUUGGGCUCUAGGCUUUGGAUAUUUAAGACAGAAGGCAAUGUGUUUUCCUCCCCAUUUGUGUUGACGUUAGAAAAUGGUGCGGAAGUAAUCGGCAUUGGCUGCCACGACCAUAGUGUAUAUUUCCUUAACAGUUAUGGUGAUAAAAUAGCACAAUACAAAGGGUCGUCUCCCAUUUAUGCAACCCCAUUUUUAUUUUCUUUGUGCGAUCACAAGACAUUCCGAGCAGUAAUAUGUGAAACAUCUGGGAGAUUGUUUAUAGUUCAUGUAGUAUUCCAAAUUGAAGUAGACACUGAAAACCCUAAUACUAGUGUUAUAUCCCCAAAUGCAGUCAUUGAGGUUGUUUUGGAAACUAUAUUAAAUGGCGAGCUUUUUGCAUCUCCUAUAUUUUUCAGGAAUAAAUUAUAUGUUGGAAGUAGAGAUGAUUUUCUUUACUGCUUUAAUUUACAUUCGUAGUUGUCAGGAACUAAGAUUAUAUUAGUUUGGUAUAUCACUUUGAAGUGCAAUAAUAUUGAAUUAGGGCUGUGAAUGUUAUAUAUGCAAUAUUGAUGUACUACAUAUUUUAAUAAAUGUGAAACAAUU